AUGGGAGGGACUGGGUUUCCAGAUUUGGAUGACAGUGGCUAUGGUAUCGAUCAGGUCACUGGCGAGAGCGACGUCGAUAAUAUUACUCGUUCAAUGGCCCGAGGACCUCGAUUCACCUACAUAACCUCGAUCUCAGGGGCAGAGAUUCCUCAGGGCGUAUGGGACACUUUGAGCGCCGAGGGUCCUCGGACCCCAAAUAACUCGGAGGUCGAGCCAGCGCACACGCAAAGGAAGUCUCGCGAAAAGCACGAUGGAACGGCUCUUCAUUCCACUCAAAGCCAAACUCCGAUCGAAUGCAAGGAAGCGGACCACUGGAAACUCCGACUCAAAGAGCUCCUCGCCGAAUAUCGUCCUGGUCAAGUUCGAGCCGAGCAGCGGCUCAAAGUUGCCAUUCUGGAUUCGGGCAUAGACCUCAACCACCCAGGAUUUGCUCAGGAAGACCGAAUAAAGAAGACCAAGAGCUGGGUCGGUGGCAACGUUGACGAUACCGACGGCCAUGGCACCCAUAUUGCUGGUCUGAUCCUUGAGCUUACCCAGAACGUUGACCUUUACAUUGCCAAAAUCACGACAUCGCGGGACCGUCUGGAGAGCCAGGUAGAAAAAAUUGCAACGGCAAUCGACUAUGCAAGGACGAAAUGGAAAGUCAACAUGAUGUCGCUUUCCUUUGGCUUCGAGAAACCGGUCGAGAGGAUCAAAGUCGAGCUCGACAAAUGCAUCUGCGACAGCAUCAUCAUUUUCGCCGCAGCGUCCAACGACUGCGCAAAUUCUCCCGCGACAUACCCGGCUGCCCACGGACAAAUCCUCAGUAUUCACUCGGCAUCCGCUGGCAAGAGGCAUAACUGCGUUCGCAGUGCGAAAGAUGUGGAGUUUGUGACAGUAGGCGAAUGUCUCGAGUCAUCGUGGCCGUCCCGUGAUGGCCAGGUCAAAAAAUACAUGUCCGGCACGUCGUUCGCCACGCCCGUGGCAGUGUCAAUUGCGGCAUUCAUGCUUGGUUAUAUCGAUAGGAACGUACCCAAGCCUCUGUCUCACCGGGACUGGAUAAGGAACCGAGGGAUCAUUGUCUCUGGAUAA